AUGGGAUGCUUAGUGGGAUGCUCAAGGUUGUUCAAGGUAGCUUCUCUCAUACUGUUCCUUGGCGUCAUCGUCAAUGCCAUUGGAUUUGCAUCGCCAUUUUGGUCAAACAGAUCUCCGGAUGUCGAAGGCUUGUGGCAGAUCUGCAGCAAUGGAGUUUGCGAAGGAACAGUUUUCAAUCCCUUGUCAAGUUCAGAUUGGUUCAUUGCUAACCAAAUACUGCAGGCAAUCGGUUUUGGCCUCGCCUUCUUGGGCGUAAUCGUCGCUCUCUCUAUAAUGUGCUCUGCCUGUCUGUUCAACUGCUUCAACGCCUGCGGGAUCCUUCUAACUAUACAUGCCCUUCUGGCUGCUAUUCUGUUGAUCGCAGGGCUGACCCUAUACGGAGUUCAAGCUAAGAUCCUGGACGCCACGGUCAGUUUCUUCUUCGCCUUCUGGCUGACCCUGGCUGCAGGGGCACUCUACCUCGUGUCCGGCAUCCUCUUCAGCGUCUCCGUGGACAGAGAUUGGAAACAUGACGACGAAACAGUAGAAUAG